AUGUUUCAGUACAACACUGAUAUUAAUUUUAUGUCGGAAACUUCGCGAGAACAGAACACGCAGAGCAGUGAUAAUCAUUUCAUUUCAGAAACUUCUCGUGUUUCUCGUGGUAAAGCAUUUACAAUUAUAGAAGAUGAAACUUUAUGUAGAUCUUGGUUAGCAGUCUCUCAAGAUCCCAUUACUGGUAAUAGUCAGACUAUGGUUAUAUUUUGGGAACGAGUACUUGUUAAUUUUAAUUCACAAUUGAGUAGUGAAUCAAAUCGAAACCGUAUUUCUUUGUCUCACUGUUGGUCUGCCAUGCAAAAGGCAAUUAAUAAAUUCUGUGGUUUUCUUGAACAAAUUCAACUGAGGCAACAAAGUGGAACAACUGAGGCAUACAUGGUCGCUGAAGCAAAGCGGAUGUAUCAUGCAAUACAGAAAAAACACUUCACAUUUGAUACAUGUUGGGAUAUUUUGCGCCGAAGUUGUAAGUGGGAUGAAUUUCAAACAUAA